AUGCAGACAUGGCGGCGGUCCUUCGUCACGUCUGCUGCGCGACUCAACGCUAGCUUCUCAUCACGGCCUGGACCAGUCACGAGGCGAUGCGCGCAGAUCCUUGAGGCAAGCAAGGCGGACGGGCCGUGUGGCCUAGAAGACCAAGAGGUCAAGGUCAGUGGCUUUGUUCGAUCAGUCCGCAAGCAAAAGCGGUUUGCUUUUGCGGAAAUCUCAGAUGGCUCGACAAUCGAGCCAUUGCAAGCGAUUUUGAAGCCGGCGCAGGCCGCGGAAUUAUCUACAGGAACGGCUAUCGAGAUAUCAGGCAUUUGGAAGGCCUGUCCGCCCGGCAAGGAACAAACACACGAGCUCCAAGCUACCAACGUGACCGUAGUGGGGAGCGCGAAUCCAGAGACAUACCCUAUACAGAAGAAAUACCACAGUCCCGACUUUCUGCGCCAGAUCCCUCACCUUCGCAUCCGCACACCCUUCCAGUCUCUUCUCGCGCGGUUUCGGUCAGAAUGUCUGUUCCAGUUAGGCUGUGUCUUUCACUCCCGCCCCGAGGGCCCUUUCACCCAAGUGCAACCUCCGAUCAUUACAUCCUCCGAUUGCGAAGGAGCUGGGGAAACGUUUACGUUGCUUCCGCGCGGCGGUGUCACGUCAGACGGGAGUGAGACCGAUCACUUUUUCCGAUCGCCAAAGUACCUCACGGUGUCCUCUCAAUUACAUCUCGAAGCGUAUGCGGCGGAGUUGGGAAAUGUCUGGACGCUGUCGCCGGUUUUCCGAGCCGAGAAAAGCGAUACCCCCCGCCACCUCAGCGAGUUCUACAUGCUCGAGGUCGAAUCAAACUUUUUGAGCGAUCUCGAUUCGCUCACCAACCUCGCGGAAGAUCUUUUGCGCGAUCUCACCCGCCGAUUGUACGCCUCGCCCGUUGGCCAGGAAAUCUUGACGGCGAAGCGAAGCGGGGAGUCCGGCCAUGAUACCAGCUCGGCGGAGUCCGGGCUGGAUCUACACGCGCGAUGGGAGAUGUUGAUGGGAGGCCCACGGUGGCAUCGAAUCACCUAUACGCAGGCGAUUGAAAUGCUGCAAAGAGCUGUGACUGAGGACGGCGCUAUAUUCGAGCAUCCGCCGUCGUGGGAAGGUGGCCUGCAGACGGAGCAUGAAAAGUAUAUUGUCGAAGUCUUGCAUCAAGGCAAGCCUGUGUUUGUCACCAACUACCCCACGGUCAUCAAACCUUUCUACAUGGCUCCCUCGGCAGGAAAUGAGACGGAAACGCCCGGUGACACGGUCGCCUGUUUUGACUUGCUUCUUCCCGAAGUGAGCGAGGUGGCCGGUGGCUCCCUCCGCGAGCAUCGCUUGCCCAACAUCAUCCAGAAGAUGCGAGAGUACGGGCUGAUCAAGCCUCGUGCAAAGGCGGACGCGGAGACCGCCGCCACCAAUGAACCGUGCUACCCUUAUCUCACCACAGACGAGGAUCUUGGACAUCUGGAAUGGUAUGCUGACCUUCGACGUUGGGGCACUGCUCCCCAUGGAGGCUUUGGACUUGGAUUUGACCGAUUCAUUGGCUACCUGUCCGGGGUCUCCAGCGUCCGGGAUGUUGUUGCGUUUCCGCGCUACUAUGGAAGGGCUGAUUGCUGA